AUGCGACAGUGUGCUUCCAUAGGGACACUGCAACUAGUGGCCAUCGUCGGUCUAGUGCUGAUCGUCGGUGAAAAACGCUGUUUGGGGCAGUUAUAUCAUACGGACAGCUAUGAGCUAGGAAAGAUAGUUCAACACUAUGACAGCAACGCAACAGAUCAACCGCCGGCCCACGAGCUUGGCUACGGCCAUUACUACGAGGGAGACAUUAUGCUUCCUGCGCCAUCCGGUGAGGAUCGGCUGUCGCUCGCCGAGUAUCAGACCUACUCGCUUUGGCCUAACGCGGUCGUACCAUAUGGGUUCGUAAGGGGUAAUUUCACGCCAAGUGAGAUGCUCACGAUCGAACGAGCGAUGCAGGUCUUCCACGUCAAUACGUGUGUUCGGUUCGUACCGAACCCGAGGGCGGAGUAUUUCGUGACGAUCAUAAACCGCCCGUCCGGCUGCCACUCCUCGCUGGGGCGCCAGUUGGACAACUCGAAGAACAGGAUGAACCUGCAGGCCCCUGCCUGCCUGACCCGCGGUACACCGAUCCACGAGCUGAUGCACAUUUUGGGCUUCUUGCAUGAGAUGAGCCGACCGGAUCGGGACGACUAUAUCCGCAUCAACCGGGACGCCUUUAAGCCGGAGUUUCAGACGGACACGUUCUUUAACGUCAACUUUGGCAAGCGUGAGACAAACGUCGAGACGUACAACAUCUCGUACGAUUACGGAAGCAUUAUGCACUACAGCCGGUACGCAGGAGCACAGAACCGAAAAUAUCCGGUGAUGGAGAAUUUGCAACCGUAUGAUAAAGACGACUUUGGAAAUACAACCCUCAGUCCGUCAGACAUCGCAGCCAUCAACUAUCGCUACUGUCGGAACAAGAACUCGUUGGACACGGUCAAGUACAUAUUCAACCCGUACCAAAUUCCUAUGAUACGGCCAAAGGAAUAA